AUGCAUUGGCCGCCACUCUCCCCCAUCUCACCACUUGUAAUCUCCAUCCUCGUGCCAUCAUGCAUCGCCUCCGCCGGCCAGGACGAGAACAGUAGCCCCCAGCCUCUGCCAAAUGGUGAUUCCGUCUGUGACUGCUUCCUAUCCAAUGGCACGCAGCCCAGCUACUUCUCCAAUCACAUGUUCUUCGACUUUCGGAAUCUGACAAAGGACGCCGGCGUCCCAGCGCUCAUCACCAACGAGACUCUGGCAACGAUAGCCCCUCCUACGAGCGAGUACUUUUCCGAUGACGAAUGGACGAGUGUCUGGCAGCUUCAGGGAUGGAGCAACAGCGAGGGCAAAGGCAAGGGCCUGUCCGGGGCGGCGGCGGCUCUAAUGGUCAACUCUCCAAGCAAUGUGUACAUUCAAAAGAACAACGACAGCGACGCCGCAUCGGACACGUACAUGACGCUUCGAACUCAGCGUCUUCCCAAGUUCCAAACUGCAGCAGCUUUCCAGACAAAGACGUCGGACUACCAGUUCGUGUCUCUGCGUAUGCUGGCCCGAACAACCGGCGGCCCCGGAGCCGUAACCGCCAUGUUCACAUACCGAGAUGCCACCGCGACAUCAAACGUGCAAGAAGCAGACUUUGAAGUCCUGACUCGCGGGCCGCGGGAAAGAGUUCAGAUUACAAACCAGCCGUCCUUUGACAGCAACGGCCAUGUGAAUCCAAAUGCCACACGCAACGUCACGCUGCCGGAUCACACGAUCUGGAGCCAAUGGGCCGUGUACCGGCUCGACUGGACCUCACAGAGCAGCGUCUGGUAUGUAGACGGCCAGCAGCUCGCCAACAUCACCUUUCAGGUGCCCCAGGAAGCCUCGGGCAUCAACUUCAACGCGUGGAGCGACGGCGGAAGCUGGAGCGGAAACAUGACUGUGUACGACCAGGCGAACCUGCAGAUCCAGUGGAUCGAGAUGAUAUACAACACCUCCGCCUCGACGACGACGACGACGACAAGGAGGGAUCCCAGUCGCUUCCGGAGCCGCGACGCCGGCCCCAGGGGAGAACUGCUCCGGCGGCGAGACUCCUCGUCCCGCACCUGCAAGGUCGUGUGCAGCAUCGACGACGUCGCGGAAGCGGGAGUCGCCACUAUGCUGUGGAAUAGUAGUAGUAGCACAGCCACGCGGAUAGCCGGUGCUGACGCGCCAAAUGGCAUGGCAUGGGCGUGGGCCCUGCUUGUUGGGAGUCUCGUCUGGCUCGUGGCGGUUUGA